AUGAACGCCACGUCUACGAAAAAAACCCCCGACGUGUCUGGUACAUGGUACGAAAACCGCUACCCCGGCUGCGCCUGCGACGUGCCCUCACACAACUACGUCUACUCGUUUGAGCCGAAAGCCAACUGGUCCUCUGUGUACGCCGGCUCGUCUGAAAUCCGCAGUUAUUUCGCGGGUUUUGCCAAGAAGUACGAUCUGGGACGGUACAUUCGCACGUCGCACCUCGUCACAGAGACACAAUGGGAUGCUGAGAAAGGCCAGUGGAUCGUGCAGGUUCAGGAUUUUGCGACUGGCCAGACGGCCUCGGACUGGUGCCAUAUCCUUGUCCAUGCUACGGGGUAUCUGAAUAAACUGGCCUGGCUAAAGGUGCCGGGGCUUCACGACUAUCAGGGCAUUAAGCUGCAUAGUGCGGACUACGACGACACAGUGCCGCUAGCGGGUCGCGAUGUUCUGCUCAUCGGAGGUAGAUCUUCAGCGGUGCAGAUCCUUCCAGCAACUCAGCCGACUGCGAAAAGCGUAAAGAUCUUUAUCCGCUCACCGGUUUGGGUGUUGCCGGAUAUAAGCACCGAGGCAGGAGCGUUCUCCGAGGAGCAGAUCGAGCAUUUUGUGAACCAUCCAGAGAGUGUGUUGACAUUGAGACAGCAGAAUGAGCGGACGAUGAAUAGUAUAUUUACGGUCUAUCUGAAAAAUACUAUCUUGCAGCAACAAUGCAAGGAUCUUCUGGAGUCAGAGAUGAAGAAGCUCUUCCAGAACAAGGAGCUCCAAGAGAAGCUUAUCCGUGAUUUUGCUGUGGGAUGUAAACGCGUCAUCCCCUCCGGCUUCCGAUAUCUGAAGACCCUCCAAAAAGAAAAUGUUACCAUCGUCCCCGGCAGCGUCACCUCAUUCGCCAAGUCCGGCUGUACCAGCACCAGCACUAACGACCAAGUCCACUCCGGCGACGUGGUCAUCUGCGCCACCGGCUUCGACACGUCCUACAUCCCUCGCUAUCCUAUCCUGGGCCCCUGCGGCCGCAAUCUCCAGACCGAAUGGGCCGACUCCGUCUCUGGUUACAUGGGGGUCGGCAUCCCCGAGUUCCCCAACACCUUCACUAUGCUAGGGCCCUGGACGCCCGUCUCCAACGGUCCUACGCUGAUCGCCAUCGAAGCCCAAGCCGGCUACAUCUGCUCCUUCAUCGACCGGUAUCAGACGGAACCGAUCCACAGCAUGGCGCUAAAGCGAGCGGCCUGCGAGGACUUCAAGGCCCACGUAGCCUCCUUCAUGGAGAAAGCCGUCUGGACAGAUCGGUGUCGCAACUCGCAUAAUAACCACAUAACUGGGAACCGUGUCCCAACGACUUGGCCCGGUAGUACGCUGCACUACUUGGAGGCUCUGAGAGAGCCCAGAGCAGACGACUGGGAGUUUGUGUAUAAGGGGAAUCGGGAUUUUGCAGACGGAAGGGGAUCCCACGGCGGAUUUAGGGUAUUACAUCCGUCAAACGGACGACGGGCAGUGGGCGAGUCGAUGGAAACGGACGCUGGUGAUGGCGAAGACGGGUAG